AUGGUAACAUUGGAAGAAUUAGAAUCGGCCCAAGGAGAAGAGGAUGCAAUUGACCUGGAAAUUCUACAGUCAUCCACUGCAGAUAUCAUAAACAGAACCAAGUUAUUAGACAAUGAUAUCAAAGUCAUGCGGUCAGAGUCACAACGACUUACUCAUGAAAAAACGAUGAUGCUAGAGAGGAUAAAGGACAACCAGGACAAAAUCAAUAACAACAAGCAAUUACCAUACUUGGUUGGGAAUGUUGUUGAGCUUUUAGAUCUUGACGUUGAUAAAGAAGCAAGUGAACAAGGAGCCAACGUCGACAUAGAUGCUGCAAGAUCAGGUAAAUCCGCUGUUAUUAAAACCUCAACGAGACAAACUAUCUUCUUACCAAUGAUUGGUUUGGUUGAUCACGAAAAGUUGAAGCCAAAUGACUUGAUAGGUGUAAACAAGGAUUCGUUUUUGAUUUUGGAUACCUUACCAUCAGAAUACGAUUCGAGAGUGAAAGCAAUGGAGUUGGACGAAAAGCCAACCGAGACGUAUUCCAACAUUGGAGGUUUGGAUAACCAAAUUGAAGAAUUGAUCGAAGCUGUUGUGUUACCAAUGAAGCAAGCCGAUAAGUUCAAGAAGUUAGGUAUAAAACCGCCAAAAGGUGCAUUGAUGUAUGGGCCUCCCGGUACUGGUAAGACUUUGUUGGCAAGGGCAUGUGCAGCACAGUCGGGUGCAACAUUUUUAAAGCUUGCUGCUCCGCAAUUGGUACAAAUGUUUAUUGGGGAUGGUGCUAAAUUGGUACGUGACGCAUUUGCAUUAGCGAAAGAGAAAGCUCCAACGAUUAUCUUUAUUGAUGAAUUGGAUGCCAUCGGCACUAAAAGAUUUGAUUCUGAUAAAAGUGGUGAUAGAGAAGUUCAACGUACAAUGUUGGAGUUAUUGAAUCAAUUGGAUGGAUUUGGUUCAGAUGACAGAGUCAAAGUAUUGGCAGCUACAAACAGAGUUGAUACUUUAGAUCCAGCAUUGUUGAGAUCGGGUAGAUUGGACCGUAAAAUUGAGUUUCCAUUACCAUCGGAGGAGGCAAGAGAAUCGGUGUUGAAAAUACAUGCCAGGAAGUUGCAUUGCGAUAACGAGUCGAUAAAUUGGCGAGAAUUGGCUAGAUCAACAGAUGAGUUCAAUGGUGCACAGUUGAAGGCAGUAACAGUCGAAGCCGGUAUGAUAGCGUUGAGAAACGGUAAAUCAAUCAUCAGACACGAAGAUUUUGUGGAAGCCAUUGGUGAAGUGCAAGCAAGAAAAUCAAAGUCAGUAAAUUUCUAUGCAUAG